CCUCCUAUCACCCAUCACUCAUUCCUUCAUCGCCAAUCGCCAGCCUGCGUGCGGCCUUCUUCUCCAGCGAUUCUUCCGCCGUUGUAUUGAUUUAAUCCUCCUUCAUCCUAGAUACCCAUUGUAAUUGAGCGAAGGAGCCCUCUCUUUUCACCAUGUUCAGCGCUCUGCGAAGAUGUCCCGCAUCACUUGCGAGGAACAUCUCCACGACUGCGCUCUCCUCCAGAGUACUACGGCCGUCCCUUCCUCGCUCCAGCGCCGCAAUCCGGAUAGCGGCACCCCGAGUCCCUGCCGUCGCGACAGCGGCUUUCCACCAGAGCGCGACAUGGCAGCAGAUUGCGGCGCAAGCCGCCGAGGAGCAGCCAGUGGAGGUCGAGCCUGUCACGCGCUUCGCGGAUCUUGCCACGCGAGGGCUAGUCCAUCCGAACAUCGUCAACAUGCUCACUCGGCAGAUGAAGCUAGAGGACAUGACGGAUGUCCAGACGCGGACCAUCAACGAGGCCUUAAGUGGCGUCGACGUAAUUGCACAGGCCAAGACCGGUACUGGUAAAACCCUCGGUUUCCUCAUCCCCACCGUCCAGAGAAUCUUGCGGUCAGACCCCACGCUUGCUGAGCGCGCCCGCGGUAACAAGCGCGCGCGACCGGACGACAUCAGGGCCAUCAUCAUCUCGCCCACCCGAGAGUUGGCCGAGCAGAUCGCCGUCGAGGCCAAGAAGCUCCUCGCUGGCACAAGCUUGAUCGUGCAGACAGCCGUGGGUGGAACCAUGAAGAAGGCCAUGCUCAUGAAGACUCAGCGCGAGGGCUGCCACAUCAUGGUCGGAACCCCGGGCCGUUUGAACGACAUUCUAUCCGACCCGUACUCUGGCGUCAAGGCCCCGAAACUGGCCGCGCUUGUCAUGGACGAAGCAGAUCGCCUUCUCGACCAGGGAUUCACCGCAGAGAUUGAUCAGAUCAAGACACACCUGCCCGACCCCGCAGAAGUGGAGCGACAGAACCUCAUGUUCUCCGCCACUCUGUCCCGCGAUGUCGUCGAGUUGGUCAGGCGCACCAUGAGGCCUGGCUUCCAUUUCGCCAAGUGCGUUGACGAGAACGAGGCCCCUACACACGAGAGGGUACCGCAAAAGCUCGUUUCCGUGAAUGGUUUUGAGAACAUCACGCCUGCCCUCUAUGAGCUUGUUCUGCGAGAGUACCAGAACGGCAAGACCGCCGACGGCCGUCCGUUUAAGGCCAUCGUCUACUUUAACUCCACAGCCGAAGUUACGCUCGCUGCCUCUGUCUUCUAUAAGCUCUCUGGUGGAUUCAAGAAGGACAAGCCGCUCCAUGGCAUGCGUUCGUACGAGAUCCACUCCAAGCUUUCCCAGGCCCAGCGUACGCGUGCUGCCGACGACUUCCGCUUCUGCCAGUCCGGCAUUCUUCUCUCCUCCGAUGUCACCGCCCGUGGCAUGGACUUUCCCAACGUCACGCACGUCAUCCAGAUCGGCCUGCCUCGCGACCGUGAGUCAUACAUUCACCGUAUCGGGCGCACUGCACGUGCCGGUAAGGAGGGUGAGGGAUGGCUCUUUGUCACACCAUACGAUCAGCAUGAAUACCGCAAGCGUCUCCGUGGUCUCGACCUCCAGCCUGACAACACUCUCCAGACCGCUCAGGUCGACAUGACUGCCCCGUCAGAGAUGCCUGCUAGCGCGGCGAGCCUGAUCCAGCAAACAGUUGAGGCACAUGCAAAGGUUUACCCUGACCAACUCUCCGACGCUUUCCGUGGACUGUUCGGUAGCUUCCAGUGGUACGGUGACAAGCAAGGUCUUCUCACCGGCGCCAACCGGCUCGCUGAAUUCGGCUGGGGCAUGGAGCAGCCGCCGCCACCUCCCUCUUCUCUCUUCUCAGGAGGAGGACGCAGGGGCGGUUUCGGCGGUGGCCGAUCAUCCGGUGGCUUCGGUGGCCGAGGGGGUGACCGCGGUGGCUUCGGUAGCAGACCGUCGGGCGACCGCGGUGGCUUCGGCGGACGUGGAGGUGAUCGCGACGGUGGUUUCGGCGGCCGGUCAGGAGGCCGUGACGGCGGCUUCGGAGGCAGGCCAGGCGGCUUCCGCGAGGGUGGCGACAGGCCUCCCCGCACUGGUGGCUUCCGCGAGGGCGGUGACAGGCCUCCCCGUGGCGGCUUCGGCGGCAGGGGCUCCGAUCGCCCGCCCAGAAGAGAGUCCAACUUCUUCUAGAUUAACAGCGCCAAUGUUGUUUCCCAGGAGCUUUUCGAACCUUGUAUGACUGACCGGAUUUUCGACUUUCCAUUUUCUCUUCAGACCUUGUACAUUUUUAUGCGAAAUCUUGUACUAUAUCGGGAUAUACCCUCACUCGCCUCCGCCACCUCGCUGUCGUUGGGAACAGAGCUUGGAACAUGGGAACUGGAUGUGGGUGUGGUUUCUGCUUGCAUUCAAGAAGGGGCCUGGCGUUUUUCUCUUUCCACCCACAAAAGGUGGGCUGUACAACGUUGCGCUUUUCAUCUCUCCAAUCAUAUCACAGCGGGCGUAUGGGUUAGAUUGGGCGUGGGAAGGGACAAAAAGAUGAUGUGUAGGUUUAUGUAAUGUAAGACGAGCGAAAAGAAAGAAGCC